GAGUUAACGCAGAUCAACAACAACAAGAGAACAUGGUUAAACCACCGGUUAAGAGAUCUCACACUCUCCUCAUCGUCACUUACGUUUGUCUCUUCGUCGGCUCCAUCGCUUCGAGCCUUCUCGCCAAGUACUACUUCGUCCACGGUGGCUCGAGCCGUUGGGUCUCGACGUGGGUUCAGUCCGCUGGCUUCCCUCUCCUCCUCACCCUAAUCUACUUCCCUCGCUAUGUUUUCAAAACCACCACCCGCCGUCCUUUCACGCGCUUCACGCGCCGCCAUCUCAUCUUCUCCGUGUUGAUCGGGUUCGUUCUCGGUUUCAACAACUUCCUCUUCUCAUGGGGAACCUCGUACCUUCCGGUGUCCACGUCAUCGCUUCUCCUCUCGACACAACUCGUCUUCACUCUCAUUUUGUCUGCGAUCAUUGUGAAACAGAAGAUCAAUUUCUCAAACCUCAACUGUGUUGUUCUCUUAACGUUAAGCUCUGUUUUGUUGGCUCUCGGUUCGAGUAAAGAUAAACCGGCCGGUUUAACUAAAACCAAGUAUUACAUCGGGUUUGUGUCCACAAUCGGAGCCGGUUUACUCUUCGCUCUUUACCUCCCCGUGACGGAGAAGCUCUACCGUAGCGUUUAUUGUUACGCGAUGGUCAUGGAGGUGCAACUGGUGAUGGAAUUCGCUGCCACGGUUUUCGCGACAAUCGGUAUGGCUUUUGACGGCGGGUUUAGGGAAAUGGCUAAGGAAGCUAACCAUGUUUUCACCAAAGGACCAACAGUUUAUUGGACGGUUGCGAUUUUUGCGAAUGUGGUGACGUGGCAGCUCUGUUUCGCAGCCACGUCAGGAAUGGUUUACUUGACCUCAGGUAUCACCGGAGGUAUCUGCAUGACGGCGUUGCUUGCGAUGAAUGUGAUAGGAGGUGUGGUGGUUUACGGUGAUGAGUUUGGUGGAGUGAAGAUUGUGUCGACGGUGCUAUGUAUUUGGGGAUUCUCAUCGUACAUCUACGGGAUGUAUAUGAAGAUGAAGGAGGAGGAGAAAGAGAAGGGAGAAUAUUCCGGCGUAAAGACGACGGAAGACGGCGGAGAGAUGGAGGUGGAAAUGGGAAAAGUUAAAGAUGACGUGGCGGCGGCGGAUGAUAGGGUUUGAAGAUAUCUGUGUGAUUGAGACGGCCGUUAUGAUUAUUAU